GAGAGCUUGGCGCUGGAGCUAGGGCGGGAGAGGCGGAAGCACCAUCUGCCUCUUUUAUUUGAAGUGGGAGAAACCAGGCAGCAGCAAUCAGAUUUCCUUUGGUUUUCCUACAUUUAAAGCUUUUUCAAUCAUGUUUCAAGGCUAUCUUUGGCUGGAUUUCACCUUAUCCUUUUUGUCUCUACUCUUCAGCCCUCCUUAUUCCAAGCUUACCCAUUCAACUCCCUAUGAGCAGUUGGUUUGCUUCUGUGGCUUGCAGUUGAAAUCUGUUGUUUCAAGCUGUGAAGAAGAAGUGUCACCAACAGAAUGUGAACACAAGGAGUGCAAGAGGGAGAUGCUUGAAUGCUCCAUAUUUGAGCUGAGAAACACUGUAACAGAACUGGAAAAAAGUCUUAACACUGUUGGAAAUGAAGAUAAUGAAUGGAAAACCAGAUAUGAGACACAAGUAGAAUUGAACAAACAGCUGGAAAGGCAAAUUAGUAUUCUUCGAGAUAAGGUGGAGCUUAUUCGUGGAAAUCCAGCAGAUACACUGUCCACUGUUCGUACCUUUGAUAAAAUGCCUGUGGGUUCCUUAAAGAAGACUCUUAAACAGCUAGAAGAGGAGAAGAAAAGUCUCCAGAAUCAGCUAAAAGACUAUGAACUUAGAUUGGAACAAGAAGCAAAGGCUUACCACAAAGUUAAUGAUGAGCGGCGCAUGUACCUCUCAGAGAUCUUACAGACCUCAGCUAAACUUAAAAUUGUUGAAAGGCAAAAAACAGAUGCUCUGACUGGCAAGGGAGAAAAACACAUACUGAGAGGAAGACACAGUGUUCCAGGAAACCUGAAGAUGGUUAACCCUCAAAAACGAUCAAUUAAAAAGACUGUAGGAGUGAACCAGCUUCCACAACUAAAGCACUGAUUUAAUAUUGAUGCCAAGAACUUCCGGUCACUUUUAAAAAUUUUUAAUUUGACUGAAAGUUUCUAAAUUGAAAAUGAAAGUAUUUGUGUCUUAUUGCAAUGAGAGAUCCAGAUUGGAAUGUCUUCUUGGCUGCCUUAGUGUAAGUGUUCCUCUGCCUAAUGGAAUUGCUCUUCUAGUUGCCAUCUUUGUACUGGUGAUCUCUGACCCUUUCUAUUCUGCUUCACAUCAGUGAUUCUGAGUGUGAGGGUGUUGGAAGACUUGGAGAAUAUUUAAUGUCUUUAUAUACUGUGUAGAACCUUGAACUAUGCAGCUGUAAAAAACAAACAAGCCUCUAGCAUUUUUGACCGAGAAGAAAAAGGCAGAGUGAUGUAAUCUGAAGUAUUAUCUAAAUACAACUUUUUUUAAAAGCUGGCUUGUCACAGAUCCUGUGUUGACUACUACUUUCUCUCUGCAUGGUUUAGAAGCAUAGCACCAUUUCCAGGUGCUUUAGGCACUAGUAAUGGAUAGAAAUGGCAUAGAAAUUGGGCACUUUUUAUUAAGGAAUCUUCAGAGCCUCUCCUGUAGAAUGGUUGUUUCUUUUGAACACUAUAUAUGUGCUCUAAAGAAACAUAUAUCCUGGUAUUGGUAUGCUGCUUUUUGGAAUUUGAACUCUCAGAUGAACUCUUUUGCCCACAGUCUUGGGGUCAUAAAAAUCUCUAUCUUCUUCAGUGGCAUUGAUCCUUGUAUUUUAGGGUCCAAAAUAGUGCCAGUCCUAAAAGUCAUCUCUUCAGUGAAAGUAGAACUACUUUGUCUUUUCAUUCUUAAGCAAGCAAUUAUUGUUGCAGUUUUAUUACCUACAUUUUAGUCAUUAAAUUAAAAAAAAAUUUUCAAGUGGCAACAGGAAAAAUGUUUUGGUAAUGAAGCUUCAGUCCUCUGGGUUGCAUCUUAAAAGCUCUUGGAAAGCAAAUGUGGUUGCUUGACUGCCCUUUAUUAUUUUAAGAGCAUUCCUAACUCUUUGCAAUAAAGUUUUUUGCCUCUUUAAGAGCAGUACUAAUAGUUCCUUAUUGCUGGCAGCAUUGAAGUGACACUGUAAUAAAACUCACAGUAGAACACAAACCAGUGGUGUCAUUCUAAAAUACAGAGACUGAAGACCUGCAGCAUGGUACAGCAUAUUCAGUGUGGAAAUCCCAUUUUUUUUCUCUUACAUAGUAUGAAAUUCAUUACAGGUAUUUGUCAUGUUACCACGAUGCACAUGGUAUCAUUCUUUCAUAAGCAAGUUGAUCUGCCUGGCUAAUUUUUUCCUCACAGCAUAGCACAGCUGGUUAGGUUAGCAGUCUUCUGCUUGUGUUUUUCACAUGAAAAAUUUGCAAAUGUUUAUUGUGCUGGCAUUUGUCAAUGCAGUGAAGGAUAGGGGAAAAAAUCACCAUAAUGGUUCUAUUGGCAUAAAAGACAAGGGACAUUCGCAGUGGUCAGGAAGAUCCAGUUCCUGGAUUCAUGCAGCAAACAUUUCCUACUGCUGUCUCUUAAUCAAAUAUUAGUGCAGUCAAGUCUGAUGCAUGUAGCACCUCAGAAUUAUUGGAAACACAGUACAAAUAUGACAGAACAUUUUUUCACAACAAAAGAGUUGGAUGCUUCCCUGAAGGAUAGUCCUCACUGAGGACUUAAAAAGAGACUUUUUUUUCAAAGACUUAAAAGUGACAUUUAUUGGUACAGGAAUGACCUGAGAGAAGAGCAGACUGUGUCCUAUUUAGUCCCAGUUUCACCUUGCCAGGACCAAUUUGAUCUGAUUUGGGAUUUGAAAUGCAGUAGUAUGAUAAUUAAUUGCUAAAACAUGUGGUGUUUGACCAUUCUAAUCGUAUGUCCAGCUGUAAUCUUUGUUGUGCAAAAUGAUUAUUGUUCUGUACUCAUACUCUUUGAAUUACUUGGCAUUUCAUUUUCUUCCUGGUGUUCUGAAAAUAAGGAUGAACCUUAUAAUUAAGUUUGAUUACUCCAAUUUCUUUCCAACAGCAAAAAGAAUUUUGGUUUCAAAAGUGUACUGUCUCUUUGGAUCUAAAUAAAACUUUUACACUUCUAGCUUUC